AUGCGGGAAGAAUUAGUUAACAAGUAUCACUAUCCUCCUUUGCUUUCGUAUUUGGAGGCGUUACCUUCAUCGUACCAAAUUAAUCAAGCAACUAUAAUCAAUAAUUUGAGUGCCGAUGGUUCCUUGUUCCAAUCUUCUGCGGCCACGGCUGCCGCGUACAUUGCAGCCGGAAAUCCAGCAACAUUGUCAUACCUACAUAACCUUGUUCGAGCUUGUAGGCAUGGAGUUCCAUCAAUAUAUCCCAUAGAUGAAGAUUGCAUAAAGCUCUACAUGGUCAAUCAACUACAAAGAUUAGGAUUGUCUGACCAUUUUCAUGAUGAAAUCGCGGUGUUAUCAAAAGACAUAUAUAGCAACACAAUAGAUGAUGGUAUCAUGAUGUGGCCGCGUCUUCAAGAAUGGAUUAAGCGAGAAAUUCUUGUAACUUGGAUGGCUCGAAUGGAUCAUUUAGAUCAUAGGAAGUGGAUUGAAGCAAACCAAGACAGCCCUCUUUGGUUAGGAAAAGCCUCAUAUUAUAGGAUUUCGUGUCUCAAUAACAUAGAUUUGCUUCGACUUGCUAAAGAAAAUUUUGAGUAUCGACAAAUGGUAUACAAGAAAGAAUUGACCGAGCUAAUAAGGUGGUCGAAGGAUUGGGGUCUAAUGGAUAUGGGCUUUGCACGAGAGAAAACCACGUAUUGCUACUUUGCCAUCGCCUCUAGUGCUUCCUUCCCUUAUGAAUCUGAUGUUCGAUUAAUAGUUGCAAAGAGUGCCGUGCUAAUAACCAUUGUGGAUGACUUUUUCGACACCAAAGGGUCACUCGAUGAGCUACAAACCAUUGCAAAGGCUGUGCAAAGAUGGGAUAACAAAGGCUUAACAAGUCAUAGCAAGAUCCUCUUCGAUAUCCUCGAUAACUUUGUGGGUGAAUUAGCAAAAACAUACCAUGAUCAACAUCAAAUCGACAUAACUACUAGUCUUCGAAAUUUAUGGUACGAAGCAAUUGAUUCGUGGCUAAUUGAAGCAACAUGGAGAAAAACAGGACACAUUCCGUCGAUGUCUUCUUACUUGGAAAUUGGCAAGAUUUCUGUUGCUGCUCAUGUAAUGGUACUUCAAGCCUCGUAUUUUCUGACUCCAACAUUCUACCCUCACAACAUUAAUCCUUCUCAGUAUGAAGCAAUUACGAAACUUCUAAUGAAAUCGUGUCGAUUGCUGAAUGAUAUACAGGGUUAUGAGUUUGUGUAG